AAAGAAGGCGGUGGUUUCGUUACGGCAGAGAUGAUACCUCCGCAAUACUUAGAGUCCCUAGCGAGCCAGGGCUUGGAAAGCGGUGGGCGGAACGAACUACUCCCAUCAUGCCGGGGGACAGCUCCGCGCGUCCCAUCCUGGGAAUCGUAGUCUCCCGCCCCUAGGGUCCAACGGCAACCUCGGUGUGUGAACUCUGUUACCCAGAAGGCCUUGCACGGCCACCGCCGAAAAUAGAAUGCCUCAGUUAAUCCUUUUCGCCGGCAAUUAGCGGAACCUGUUGGCGUGGCCCACAAGGCUCAGCGGGGCUUCACGAGCCUAGUUGCUAAGCAAGGGCGACUUUGGUCAACUGCCACCUGUGCCACGGCGACAGGAACUCUCAGAUUGGUCGCUAUCCCGAGGUCCCUGCCAUGCCUCACAUCGAUAACGACGUCAAACUGGACUUCAAGGAUGUCUUGUUGAGGCCCAAACGCAGUACCCUUAAGUCUCGAAGUGAGGUGGAUCUCACAAGAUCCUUUUCAUUUCGGAACUCAAAGCAGAUGUAUACCGGGAUCCCCAUCAUUGCUGCUAAUAUGGAUACUGUGGGCACCUUUGAGAUGGCCAAGGUUCUCUGUAAGGUUAUUGUUCACUUUGAAAAUAGAAGAUGCUGCUCCCAUCAGUAAUAUUACCUGCCUCUAUACUUGUAGCUGAAAAGGUAGAUAGUUAUUCUGGGGACUCAAGGAACAUAUGCAUUCUUCUGGUUAAUCUAUGUAGCCCUGAUUGAUGGAUUCUGCUGCUGCUUGUGGCUCUGUUAGCCUUAAGGACUUCAUCUCCCUUUCUCUAUUUUUGAUUGCUGUAAGUCUUUGUGGAAUGUCUGUUGUCACUUCUCUGAAGUUAAUAGUUAUACAGUUUUAGUACUUUUUUGCUGUUGUCAUUCACUAACUGCUUAGGAAUCUUCUUGUCCAUUGUCCGCCUGCUCUGCCCAGUAGAGUUGAGGAAUAGUGACUCUGACUUCAGCAUUAACAGACAUGCUAUAAUACAUGGACUUUGUGGGGACUGUUUUAAUGCUUUAUGUUGAGACUGGCUUUUCAGUACUGCUGAUGAGUGCUAAAGAAAUGAGGUUUUAGCGACAGAGCCAAGUUUCACAGUAAUCAUAAAGCUGGAUAUAAGCGUCUUUCUUCUAGAUCUCUAGCUCGGUACAUAAUUGGAUGUGCUCAUCAUGUCACACUAUAUCAGUAUACCUCCAAGGUCUACUGACCUUCUAGGGUGACUUUUCUUUAUGUAUCAGCAUGUGGAUAGCAGAGUGUUGCUGAGAAAGCGGAAUUCAAUACCAGCUUUAGCGAGGUAGUGUUGAUGAGUUAAGUAUAGCAAUAAUAUGUCCUUACUGCUGGCUGAUACAUGACUUCCUUGGAUUUCUUAACAGUUGCAAGAUUUGGGUUGUCUCUGUCAACUGCUCUCUUGUCUAUUUGCAUGUCUGGACUUUUAAAGCACAAGUACCAGUAUUCACAGCUGUCUUUGAAUGCCUUUCUCAAAACAUUGGGAUAUUGUUUACAAUUUGAUGACUUAGGGAAUACAAGUCUGAGGAGUUAAUUGUAUCCUUAAACUUGGUUGACCGAAAUAGAUGGAAUGAAAUAGACUUUUUAGGUUGGUCCAUGUCUCCAGAAAAUUUGUCCUUUACCCCAGUGGAGAUGGAGAAAGAAUGGGGUAGCACUUUACUGGCUCCAUUAAGGUCUGACCUCUUGUGAACAUUUAGACUCACUGAAUUAUUGGACCAGAAGAUACCAAAAACUAGGUUAAUUCAGUACUGGGUUACCAUAGGAGGAGGGGCUGAGUCUGUGCAGGCAGACACUGGCUCCGUCCACCCUCUUCAUGGUUAUGUUCUUGUCUGCUGCUUGUUCCACUGCAGCAACAGCUCGUCUCUGUCACCUUUUAAGUCAGAAGCCCCUGUAUCUUCUGACAGGUGAAAUCCAGUCCAGAUGACUUAGUACUUGGGUCAGGGUGUCGGACAAGCACCAGCUUAUGACAAAAUGCCCUACUGGUUAUUUAUAGGGAGAAUAAGGGCUAAACUAAACCCAGCUCAACCAGUGGCUUCUUCAAGUUGCUUUCCAAAGUUCAUUUUCUUCCUCAGAGAGAAUACUUACUAUAAAGGUCUAUGUCUAGAAAAAGAGUUGCUAGUUCUCUCCUUUUUGAUGACUCUUUUCCCCAGUUCUCCCUCUUCACAGCUGUCCAUAAACACUACAGCCUCGAGCAGUGGAAAGACUUUGCUAGCCAGAAUCCUGACUGUCUUCAGCAUUUGGCUGCCAGCUCAGGCAUGGGCUCUUCUGACUUUGAGCAACUGGAACAGAUCAUGGAAGCUGUUCCCCAGGUGAAAUAUAUAUGCCUGGACGUGGCAAAUGGCUACUCUGAGCACUUUGUGGAGUUUGUAAAGGAUGUACGGAAGCGCUUCCCCAAACACACUAUUAUGGCAGGGAAUGUGGUAACAGGAGAGAUGGUGGAAGAGCUGAUCCUCUCUGGGGCUGACAUCAUCAAAGUAGGAAUAGGACCAGGUUCCGUGUGCACCACUCGGAAGAAAACUGGAGUGGGGUAUCCACAGCUCAGUGCAGUGAUGGAGUGUGCAGAUGCUGCUCAUGGCCUCAAAGGCCACAUCAUUUCAGAUGGAGGCUGCAGCUGUCCAGGGGAUGUGGCCAAGGCUUUUGGGGCAGGAGCUGACUUUGUGAUGCUGGGUGGCAUGCUGGCUGGGCACAAUGAGUCAGGUGGUGAGCUCAUCGAGAGGGAUGGCAAGAAGUACAAGCUCUUCUAUGGGAUGAGUUCUGAAAUGGCCAUGAAGAAGUAUGCUGGGGGCGUGGCUGAAUACAGGGCCUCAGAGGGAAAGACAGUGGAGGUGCCCUUUAAAGGGGAUGUGGACCAUACCAUCCGAGACAUCCUUGGAGGCAUCCGUUCCACAUGUACCUACGUGGGAGCAGCUAAACUGAAGGAGUUGAGCCGGAGAACCACCUUUAUCCGAGUCACCCAGCAGGUGAAUCCAAUCUUCAGUAAUGACAGCUAGACCUGAGCAGCUGUGCCCUCUCAAAGCACUAGCAGCCUAGCACAGGGCCUCCCAAUGGGCUCCUCACACACGCCAGCUACUAUGGCUAUUUAUCACUCGGUUAUUUCCUGUUGCCUUACUCCUGAGGGCUUCUGCAAUAAAUCUGUACUCUGUACGCACAAAACGCCCAGGGUACUCACUGGGGAGGAAGCAAGGAAAGCAGGCUGAGAAAAUGAAGUAAGGUAAUCAAAUGCAAAUCUGGGGACGCAGCAUCUGGAAGAUUAUGGAAAGGAAAAGAUAAUGACUCCUGCCUAAGUGUUUAAUAUGGCCUUGGUCUGGACGAGUUACUCUCCUGAUAUCAUGUUUUGUUAAUGAACUUCAUUAAAUAGUAUCUUUGAACACCUAAAAAGCUCAGAAAUGUUGAUGUAUUUUAAGUAUCUCAAUAAAGAGAUCCCAAUGACUA